AUGGCUGGGCCCCCUUCAUACCACGCCGAUCCAAACUUGCCAUCACACCCAUCCCCUCCAUCCGUAUCGUCCCAGUCGAACGUGGUAUUCACCCCGAGCGCUACAUCUGUUGCCGAUUCUUCAGAUAAUGAAUUUGAGCCCACGCCUACACAUAGCCCAGGAGGCCCCCAAUAUGAUGACCUGCCACCAUCCUACGAUGACGCGAGACAUCAGGCUUUUCACGAUGCACGCAGUGGCAUUGCCCCUGUAGAUCCAAACCAAAUCGAAGCCCAUCGAAUUACCCAUAACGAAGGACCCAAUGAGCUUGAGAUUUGGGAGUACAGAAUCAGAGGAGAGCAGACGGACCCCGCGAGUGAACAGGAACAUGCUCCAGACUAUGCAAACCAUAGGAGCGACAAGGCCACCAGUGUUCCCGUCCAGCAGGUCAGCUCCACAGAGAACAUCCCAGUUGGGCGCAUGGGUAGCGAGUUCCGUUCACCUCAGACUCCCAAUGACUUAGCUUCUGCUAUGCUUACCCAGGCUUUGGAGUUUACUCGCCACCAACCCAAUCCCGCUGCACGCUAUGCGCCACAUCUAAAUAGGAUCAUUGCUAUCCCUGGCGAGGGAGGUUCUGGUAGGCCUUCUGGGGAGCAUGAGCAGUUCCUGUGCGCAUACACCCAAACACUGCAUGGACAUGGGGUCGACCCAGACCAAUUCUUGAACUUCUUGCGUGGUCUCAAUGUCCUGCUCAGAUCGACCAACACAACAGCCGCUGAUCUACUACGUGAAUCAACCUACGGAAACGAAUCUUCGAGCCUUGUCAGUCAGUAUAUCAGAGGAGCCAAUGAGGCGUUUUUUGCUCCACGGGGCUUGAGAGUGUCAUUCCGCAGUGAAGCAGCGAUUCUUGCAACUCUGCCUAUUCCUUCAGGACCAGGGCAACGGGCUGCAGUUACUAGCCGUCUCUUAGAAGAGCCUAGAUCUGCUGCUACACGCGCGCAAAGAUUGACUCCAUGGAUCGAGCCGCUAAAUACCGAGAAGCUGCCAUCGCCAAGUGAGCACAUGUACAAGCUGCACGAAAUGGGCGAACGCUUCUCUCGUCAAACAGCUCCUGUAAACACAUACGACGACCCACCACAUUCAGUUCCGACAACAUCGGAAGAAGCUCAUUACGGGCAUGGCCAGCAACCUGGCGGCCCGGUAGGAAAUUGGUCACCGUUUGGCGCACCAGGGCGUGGACUAUUUGGAGCAUCUGGCAAUGCACCGCUUGGUGGCUUUGGUAAUGCACCCUUUGGGCGUCCAGGUCGAGGGCCUUUUGGCGGCGCUGGAAAUGGGCCGCAUUUCAGGCGCGGUCGUGGACACUGUGGUGCAGCGGGGCCAUCACGACAAGGGGACUACUCCAUUGGCAAAGAAUGGGCAGAAGUAGGCAAAGAGAUUGGAAAGAUUGGAGAGGAGUUUGGCAAGAUGAUGGGCGAUUUGGGAAUGCAAUUUGGACAGCGUGCGAGCAGAUUGGGCACA